GCGCUUUAAAAAAAGAAAAGAAAAAUAAUUGCGAAGUGUUGAUGUUUUCCCGUCGCACGCACUGGAAGCUCACAAGCUAGCUAACACAACAUUAGCCAGUGAGUUGUGACGCAAUCAAAGCGCGUUUCUUUGCACAUUCUGCGCUCAACUGGGCGCGAUUUAAACCAACGGUAUUAAGACAAUGUACGAUUUUAUUUUAAAAGCCGCUGCUUUUUAAAAACAACAACAAAUAGAACUCCAUUAAUAAAACUACAAUUUAGAUUAAACGUAUCAAUCUGAAAGAGGUUCAUUCUCAGCAAAGUAACAUCUAAUGUUUACUUUGGCGCACAAUGUCAACUGUUUCGAGUUACCAUGACAACGGUGUAAAGUCAGAGGAAAUACUCAUCAAAUACUGAUUCUCCAAGGCAGCGACAUGUCGGCCGACACCAAGAUCGCAGAGCUGCUCACGGAACUCCAUCAGCUCAUCAAACAGACCCAGGAGGAGAGAUCUCGCAGUGAACACAAUCUCCUCAACAUCCAGAAGACACACGAGAGGAUGCAGACGGAGAACAAAACGUCUCCGUACUACCGCACCAAGCUGAGAGGACUGUACACCACUGCCAAAGCAGACGCCGAGGCCGAGUGCAGCAUUCUACGUCACGCUCUGGAUAAAAUCGCAGAAAUCAAGUCGUUGUUGGAGGAGAGGAGGAUCGCUGCUAAGAUGGCAGGAGUUUACAGCGACACUGAUCCGCCCAGGAAGACAAUGAGGCGCGGCGUCCUCAUGACCCUCCUCCAGCAGUCGGCCAUGACGCUGCCGCUGUGGAUCGGAAAACCCGGAGAGAGUCCGCCUCCGCUGUGUGGAGCCACUCCUGCCAACAGCGACUACGUGGCCAAGCAGGGCGACAAAGUGGCAGCGAGGGUGAAAGCUGUGGACGGAGACGAGCAGUGGAUCCUGGCUGAGGUCGUCAGCUACAACCACUCCACCAACAAGUAUGAAGUGGACGACAUCGAUGAAGAAGGCAAAGAGAGACACACUCUGAGCCGGCGGCGGAUCAUCCCUCUGCCACAGUGGAAGGCAAACCCAGAGACGGACCCUGAAGCUCUGUUCAGCAAAGACCAGCUGGUUCUGGCUCUGUACCCCCAGACCACCUGCUUCUACCGAGCCCUCAUCCACACCCCACCACACAGGCCUCAGGACGAUUACUCGGUGUUGUUCGAGGACACGUCGUACGCUGACGGUUACUCUCCUCCUCUAAACGUGGCGCAGAGAUACGUGGUCGCCUGCAAAGAGAACAAGAAGAAGUGACCGAGGCCUGGAUACGAAAACCACGCCAGACCAGAAUGACUCUAAUGGAGCCGGAGCCAUCUUUUUUUCUUUGUUUUUUUUUUUAUGCUGGAUUAUCUGUGACGAGCAACACAAACACCUGAGAACACACUUUAAAUAAAUACUUCAAAGGAUAA